UUGCGGAGAAAGAAAUGGCAGCUCAAAGUCCUCACGGUGGUAGAAAGAAGCAAGGCGUCGUGGAGAAGUAACGAUAUCGCGCAGCGUAUAUAAAAGGAUCCAUGGCUUCUUCUCAUCUCAUCCAUUUCAAGCCUGCAAUUCCUGCAACCAUGGCCUCGCGUUGUCUCUCCUCCCAUAAGAAUCUGUUGUUUCUUGCUUUCUUAGUGCUCUCCAUUCUUGCCGCCCGGUCCGAAGCAGGCAGCAUUGCCAUCUACUGGGGCCAAAAUGGCAAUGAAGGAUCCCUGGAGGAUACUUGCUCCACUAGAAACUUCGCUUAUGUCAACAUCGCCUUCCUCUCCACCUUCGGCAGGGGUCAGACUCCGCAGAUCAACCUCGCCGGCCACUGCGACCCUCCCUCUGGUAAUUGUGCUGGUUUUAGCGACCAGAUAAAAUCCUGUCAGAGCCAAGGGGUGAAGGUCAUGCUCUCCAUAGGAGGUGGAGCAGGAAGCUAUGGCCUAGACUCUGCAGACGACGCCAGGAACGUUGCGGACUACCUCUGGAACAACUUCCUCGGAGGCCAGUCAUCGUCACGCCCCUUGGGAGAUGCAGUGCUUGAUGGCAUCGAUUUCGAUAUCGAGAGGGGAACCAUGCAGUACUGGGACGAGCUCGCCAGGAGCCUAGCUAACCGGGGCCAGAAGGUGUACCUGACGGCAGCCCCUCAGUGUCCGUUCCCCGACGCAUGGAUGGGUGGAGCACUCAACACCGGCCUCUUUGACUACGUGUGGGUGCAAUUCUACAACAAUCUUCCAUGCCAGUACAGCUCCGACUUGACGGGGCUCUCGAAUGCGUGGACACAGUGGACGACAUCCAUUACUGUGAGCCAGGUCUUCUUGGGGUUGCCAGCGUCGCCGCAAGCCGCAGGCAGUGGUUUCAUUCCGGCAGACACCCUGAUCUCGCAAGUGCUUCCCGUGGUCAAGCAAGCCAGCAAGUAUGGAGGGGUCAUGCUGUGGUCCAGGGCCCAGGACAAUGGGUAUAGCUCCUCCAUUAAACCCAGUGUUUGAAACAUUUAUUCAAGUAAACCCACUUUUUUAAUAAAUUUUUAUAUUGCAACUAAGCACUUCAGGUGGCUUUCGAUCCGAUUAUGUGUGGUCCGGGGUUCAGCACUCAGAGGUUUGUAAUACAAAAAUAUUCCUAGUGAAAUGAAGUCCCCCAUUUUAUUGGGAAAAUUAAGGAAAGA